CUUCAUCUCAAACGGAAGUAGGACUCCAUGCUAUUUCCGCUAACUAGCUAGCAAUUGUAUUGGUAGUUUAACUCUGAUCACCGCUGUUCUGGUCAAGAAGGCCAAAUAGCGAAAGCGUCAUGUUGCGACUGCCAAACGUCGGCCGAGCUCUUGCCGGGGCCGCCAAGAGCAGCCUGGCUCCCUCCAACACUGUGCGUACUCCAGUGCGUGCUGCCAGCAACAUGGUGGAAGUGUUUGUGGAUGGGAAACCAUUGGAGGUGGAGCCUGGCACUACUGUGCUGCAGGCCUGUGAGAAGGCAGGAAUCCAGAUCCCCAGGUUCUGUUACCAUGAGCGGCUCUCAGUGGCGGGAAACUGUCGUAUGUGUCUUGUGGAGAUUGAGAAAGCUCCAAAGCCAGUAGCAGCCUGUGCCAUGCCCGUCAUGAAGGGUUGGAACAUCCUCACCAACUCAGAGAAGACGCGCAAAGCCAGAGAGGGAGUGAUGGAGUUCCUUUUGGCCAACCACCCACUGGACUGCCCCAUCUGUGAUCAGGGAGGAGAGUGUGACCUGCAGGAUCAGUCCAUGCAGUUUGGUUCAGACCGCAGUCGUUUCUCAGAAGAAAAGAGAGCAGUGGAGGACAAAAACAUCGGGCCGCUCAUCAAAACCAUCAUGACCCGCUGCAUCCAGUGCACACGCUGUGUCCGUUUUGCCAGUGAGAUAGCUGGUGUUGAAGACCUGGGAACAACAGGUAGAGGAAACAACCUGCAAAUCGGCACGUACGUGGAGAAGAUGUUUAUGUCGGAGCUGUCAGGCAACGUUAUCGAUGUCUGUCCUGUGGGAGCGCUCACAUCCAAACCCUACGCUUUCACCGCACGACCAUGGGAGACCAGGAAAACCGAGUCGAUAGAUGUGUUGGAUGCUGUGGGCAGUAACAUCAUGGUGAGCACAAGAGGCGGUGAGGUGAUGAGGGUGAUGCCCAGGUUGAACGAAGACGUCAACGAGGAAUGGAUCUCUGACAAGACCAGGUUUGCAUAUGAUGGUCUGAAGAGGCAGCGGUUGACCCAACCAAUGGUGAAGGAUGAUUCAGGUCAGCUGACCCCAACCACCUGGGAGGACGCUCUCACUCGUAUUGCCGGAGCACUGCAGAGCGUCCAGGGCAGUGAGGUAGCCGUCAUCGCAGGAGGGAUGGCCGACGCUGAAGCUCUGGUUUCCCUCAAAGACCUCCUCAACAGACUCGACUCAGAAAACCUCUGCACUGAGGAGCUUUUCCCUAUGGCAGGGGCAGGCACUGACCUGCGCUCCAACUACCUGUUGAACUCUCGCAUCGCCGGCAUCGAGGACUGUGACCUGCUGCUGCUGGUAGGAACCAACCCUCGCUACGAAGCCCCGCUCUUCAACGCCAGAAUCCGCAAGAGUUGGCUCCAUAAUGAGCUGCGUGUUGCCAUGGUGGGUCACAAUGUUGAUCUCAGUUACACAUACGACCAUCUGGGAGAGGAGACUUCAAUACUGAAGGAGCUGGCUAACGGCACACACCCCUUCUGUCAGGUGCUGUCAGCUUCUAAGCGUCCGGUAGUGGUUGUGGGCAGCAGCGCUCUACAGAGAGAAGACGGAGCCGCCAUUUUGAGCGCCGUCUCAACCAUCGCUCAGAACGCUAGAACCAGCAGUGGAGUGGAAGAGGGGUGGAAAGUCCUCAAUGUCCUGCACAGAGUGGCCAGUCAGGUGGCUGCAUUAGACCUGGGUUACAAGGCUGGUGUGGACGCCAUCAGGAACAAUCCACCCAAAGUCCUGUUCCUGCUGGGAGCUGAUGCCGGCUGCAUCACCAGAGCUGACCUGCCUAAAGACAGCCUCAUCAUCUACCAGGGUCACCAUGGUGAUGUAGGAGCACCAAUGGCAGACAUCAUCCUACCUGGUGCUGCAUACACAGAGAAAAACGGCACCUAUGUCAACACCGAAGGCAGAAGCCAACACACCCGGGUGGCUGUCACCGCCCCUGGAAUGGCCAGAGAGGACUGGAAGAUCAUCAGGGCCGUAUCUGAACUGGCUGGAGUGACGCUGCCCUACGACUCUCUGGAAGAUGUCCGAGCCAGACUAGCCGAGGUUUCUCCUAAUCUGGUCCGUUAUGACGAUGUAGAGGAGGCAAACUACUUCAAACAGGCUAAUGAACUUGCCAAGGCUGUGAACCAGGACUUCAUAGCGGCUCCUCUGGUUCCACCUCAACUUACUGCAAAGGACUUCUACAUGACAGACUCAAUCAGCAGGGCCUCCCAGACGAUGGCUAAAUGCGUCAAAGCUGUGACAGAAGGAGCUGCUGCUGUCGAUGAGCCGUCAGUUUGCUGAACACCCAAAAACACCUCAUACAGUACAACAAUAAACUCUGUCCUCUCCUGAAUAGGCACACAUUUCUCUGAACGAACUCGGCAUCGAUCCUUAAUUUAAAGCUGUCCUUGGUGCUUGUUGUAUACAGUUAAAUCGUUUCCACGCCUGAGAACGAUCUUUGUUGAAUAGAACUGAAAAACAUAUAAAAUAUGAAUAAAAUCUUAAAAAUGUC